UUUAUGUUUUAGUUCGGUAGGGAACCACUGAUCCAGAGCUCUGACCCAGAAGUUGAAGACAUUGAUUCUCUGCGAUUAUCCCUCAGAGACUCCAAAAAUCGCAGUCUUACAGAGUUUAUUAAGCGAUCGGCAUUCCACAAGGGGGCUCGUCGUCUUCGUUAGGCAUCCAUGUCUCUGUUAAACCAGCUCUUCAACCGAGGCGUUUUCGGCACAAAAUGCAAAACAUGUUUGAAUUUGGGUAUUUCACGCAUCAAAUUACUGCAAAACAAGAGAGAUGUGCAGCUCAAAAAUAUGCGCAAGGAGAUUGCACAGUUUUUGCAGGCUGGCCAAGAAGCAAUAGCUCGAAUUCGGGUGGAGCAUGUUAUACGAGAGCAAAACAUUUGGGCUGCUUAUGAGAUAUUGGAGCUGUUCUGUGAAUUCGUCCUUGCACGGGUUCCCAUUAUUGAAAGUCAGAGGGAGUGCCCAACGGAAUUACGAGAAGCUAUAUCGAGCAUAAUUUUUGCUGCUCCAAGAUGCUCAGAUGUUCCAGAUUUAAUGCAGAUCACAAAUUUGUUUACAGCAAAAUAUGGGAAGGAAUUUGUAUCAGCUGUGUCUGAGCUUCGUCCUGAUUCCGGUGUCAACAGAACAAUAAUUGAAAAGCUUUCAGUUAGUGGUCCCUCCGGAGAGGCAAGGCUUAAGGUAUUGAAGGAAAUUGCCAAAGAGUACAAGCUGAAUUGGGAUUCUUCUGACACUGAAGCGGAGUUCAGUAAAAAGCAUGAAGAUCUGCUGGGUGGACCGAAGCACAUAAGUGGUGCUGCUGCACCUUCUCAAGCUCCCGCAAAACAAAUCACAUUUAGUUCCCCGCCUGCUAAUGGGGCACAUUCUAUUGUGCCUGCAGAUAUUAAACAAGAACCUCAAUACCUUCAUGCUCCAAGAUCUUUAAGCAAGACACCAUCGUUCACUAAUGAGAUUCAACCAUCAGCGAAUGAUGAUAAAGCAAGACCAGUUAGUGAAACCAAAGGGGAGACAAGACCACAAUCGUCUGAUAUCCUCGAGAGAGCUCGAGCUGCCAUUGCCUCUGCUGAGCAUGCGUCUGCUGCUGCCCGUCAGGCUGCAGAGCUGGUUAAGUCCUUAUAAUGCUCAAGUGAAUCAUUUGGAUACGUUACUAAUUGCAAAGAAAGUGUCGAGGUUUUAACCGUACUCAUGAAUACGAUUUGUAUAUUUGUAUCUUGUGACCUGAAGAACUCAAAUGUUUUUCUACAUCAUUCACCAAUUGUUAUUGUUGCAA